CGAAUCUUCAAUUGCUGCACGCCGCAACCCAUAUCCCAUCCAACUCACCAUGUUCGGCGCGUUCCGUCCAUCAGGGCCCCUUUUUGGAGGUCUCCUUUGGAAAAUCCCCUACCGUCUCUCCCGCCCGCAAAAAUACCGCCAUCGCCAACGCCUGAAGCACGUCGACAAGGUCGUUGCCACCGUCGACGCCGCGCUGCAGAAGCUGGGCAAGCCCGUUGCCGCGGUCGAGCGAUGGAAGGAGGAGAUGCCGACGGAGGCGGAGAUGUUGGCGAAGGAUAAAUACACCAUGUUCGAUAAGAAGGUGAAGAAAUAUAGGAAGGGAAUUCAUAAGCUGCCGAAAUGGACGAGGGUGAGCCAGAGGUUGAAUCCGCCGGGUUUCUAAGAGAAUAGGGGAUUACUCUUGGAUGGUGGAUGCGUCGAGAUUAUUAGAUGCAUUGCGAGGAGUCAUGGCGCUUGGGGAUGAGAUUCUGGUGCACAGCGUUGGUUUGGAGCCAAAGUAGGAAUGGUUAAACCGCAUCAUGUAUAUCAACAUGUAUGAUCACUUACCAAUCGAACAAAGCAAACGUUCAAGGACCAAGAAAUGGGUGAGGGGUCACAAUUCCUAAUGAUAUAGCGAAAUGUGCGACUGUUAGUUCAAAUGCUAUGUAGAGUAUCCUCACGGGAAUAUAUGAUGGAUCUAUGACCCAGAUCCAACCGUAGAUCCAAUAG